AUGGAUUCCAACAUUGCCCAAGCAGUUCAGGAAGAACUGACAUGUGUCAUCUGCGUGAACGCUCUCAUAGACCCAGUUACCAUAGACUGUGGCCACAGUUUCUGUCGGCCAUGUCUCUGCCUUUCCUGGGAAGAAACUCAGACUCCAGCCAGAUGCCCUGUCUGCAGAGUACCCUCCCAGCAAAGAGACUUCAGCACUAACAUCCUCCUCAAGCGUCUGGUAUCCAUUGCUAGAAAAGCCAGCUUCAGACAAUUCCUGAGCUCAGAGGAACACUCAUUUAAGACAAACAAGAAGAUAAAGAGGAUGCUCUGUAGAGUGGACAAGAACAUGCUCUGCUCCCCCUCUCAGAAGCACCAGACCAACAGGCAUUGUCCCAUGGAAGGGGCUGCUGAGGAGCAUCGGGAAAAGAUUUUAAAGGAAAUGAGAUCUGUGUGGGAAAGGAUACAAGAAAUCCAGAGAAUUAUAAAUGAAGAGGAGAGAAUAAUCGAUGAAUGGGUUUCAUAUGUGACUAUGCACAGAGUAAUUACCAGCGAUAUUUAUGAGAUGCUGCAUCCAAAUUUUCAAGAGGAGAGAAAACAAUAUUCAGAGAUACUUACAAAUGAAGAAACUGUGGUUUUACAGCAACUUAAGAAAAGGGAAACCCAAAUGCUUCAGAAGAAGAAAGAUCUAAGAAAAUUAUAUCAGGAGCUGGUGAAAACAUACCAAAAGCCAGAUGUUGAACUCCUUCAGAAUGUUAAAUAUAUACUGGCAAGGUGUGAAUCCAUGCUAGUCUUUAUGCCAAAGACUAUGAAGCCAGAACUCAGUGCUCAUCCCAUCCCUGGACUGAUAGACAGUCUAAGCCAGUAUGGACGGAAGUUUUUCUUCGGUCAUGAAACACAGAAUAUAAAUAUGAUGUUUGACCAUGUACAAAUGUUUGGACCUACCUGUGCAGUUUCAUUUUUGAAUUUUGAUGGAAUCAACUAUUUUGCUGUUUCAGGAGCCCAAAUCUUCUGCUCCGGGAAGCAUUACUGGGAGCUCAGUGUAGAUGAUUCUUUGGACUGGGCAGUGGGGAUCUAUAAGAAUUGUAAGACAAUGAAUGAACCCGUAAUAAUUGAUCCCGAGGAUGUAUUUCUCCUUUUAUGUGUGAAGGAUGACAUUGGUUACAGUAUCUUUACCACGUCUCCCAUGCUGCGUCACUACAUAGAGAAGCCUCUGGGCAAGAUUGGUAUAUUUCUUGACCUUGAAAAUGGAAGUGAAAUUGACCUUGUCUCCUAUGAUUCUGGGAACCUAGAGGAUCUCUAUCUUAUAUUGCUUUAG